AUGGUCCAAGAAGUUCAAAAGAUGGAAAGGAACUUACCCGUGAUCGAUAGGAAAGACGCAGACCACAUUCCCCCUGCAGCGCCAGGGAAUAUUCACCGACACUCAACCUGUAAAGGAGUUCCUUGAUCUCUGCGCAUGGCAUCUCAGGUAAAAUUGCAAUGCUGUUUUACCCACAUUUUCUACCUGCUUUAAUAUAUUAGUUAUACUGAAUUAAAUUGUGAAACUGUGUUCCAAACUUGUGAUAACUUCUAAAUACUGUCCUUUGUUGUCUGUCUAUUCCAAAUGUAGGUGUAUGCAGAUUUUCAGCUAAUUACAAACCAGAACCUGCCAAACAUCUUCUAUGCUGAGAUUGACUGUCACACCCCUCAGUUGAUUACCUUGUAUAGACAGAGGGUAUCAAAGACUGGAAGGACUGCUGACGCUUUGGUUGACAUUCUGAGGUGUCAUGAUCUACAGGUAAGACCGAGCACUCCGAUCAUUAGUCCACUACAAUUGCACUGGAAAAAGAUCUUGGUCUAAUGCAAAUAUCAACUACGUAUUAAACCUUGUGGGGAGAUUUCUCAGACACAGAUUAAGCCUAGUCCUGGACUAAAAUAAUUUUCUAUGGAUAUUCUCCAUUGAGCUUGCUUUUUAGUCCAGGACUAGGCUUAAUAGGUAUUUAAAAGGCACCUGAAAGUAUGUCCUUUUGGAACUGUUCCAUUAUACCACGUUCCUAAUUAAACCAAGCUCAGCACAUGUCACAAGUGAUUUAAGGCUAAAUAUUCAAAUAUUUCUCUGGUACCAGCUUAGAUUAGUAAGCCAAUGUCAUAAAAUUGACAUUUAUGUAUCCCUUUAGGAACUACAUGAUGCCCACACAAGGCAUGUAUCUCCCGAGUGCCGCAGUGGUCUAAGGCACUGCAUCGCAGUGCUAGCUGUGCCACUAGAGAUCCUGGUUCGAAUCCAGGCUCUGUCAUAGCCGGCCGCGACCGGGAGACCCAUGGGGCGGCGCACAAUUUGCCAAGCGUCGUCGAGGGUAGGGGAGGGAAUGGCCAGCAGGGAUGUAGCUCAGUUGGUAGAGCAAUUCCCACGGGGGGCCAGUAUGAAAAGAAAAAAAAAUUAUGUAUGCACUCACUAACUGUAAGUCGCUCUGGAUAAGAGCGUCUGCUAAAUGGUAAAUGUAAAUGCAUACAACUGUUCUCUGUACUCUUCCUGUGUUGCUGCCCGAGGAAGACUCCGGAUUUUUCAAAACAUGCAAGGUAGUUUUCCUGUCAUUCUGGUUAUUUUUUAUUAUUGUGCCCAUUCCCAAUCAACACACCCUGGCUCCUGAGGUGAUCUGAGAGGAUUAGAUGGAUGAGUAUGGUCUAUCUAGCCAACCAUAGGUCAGCGUAGAUAUAUUGCUACAUAACAAGUCUGUCUAGUAUUCUCAUCUGAAGUGCAUUGUGUAUUUCAGGUGGAGGAUUCAGACAACCCAGAGCUUGGUGACUCACCGGUAGCCCUGCUGACAAUCGUUGUUGACAACACAGAAAAUCCAGUCCACUACAAUCCGGUCAAGAUCUCUGUCGUCCUGGAGAGUGAAGUUAUGGUGAUUGACCUCCCCAGACUGCCGGAUGCUUUCCUGGUAUGCUCUACAUCUACGCCUACUCCUCUCUACACCAAUGACAUAAUUUGGUAUAUUGCUCUUUAUUUGGACAUUACAUCCUUUUUGUCUAUUGUCUACUGCGUUCUUGGACUCAAACGUUAGCUUUUUUUGUAAAUAUAUUAAUCACAUAUUCACUGCUCUUAGCCUAUAAUAAAACCAUGAUUCCAUCUUUAUCGAACCAACUGCACACCCUCUGCAUAAGCUAUCUUUUUGUUAAAUGUGAUGUUUCUGUUUCUCUGUGCCUUGUUUCUCUCUUUGUGCUGGAGUUCUUUUAAGAACUUGAUGGUAUAGCAAUAGCCUAAUAAACUUGACAUUAACUUGAAUCUUCUCUUCAUUUUACCCACAAACAAAAUCACCAGUUUUUUUUAUUAUUGCCAGUAUAAUUUAGAUAAUCUUACUUAUAUUUUCCAUUCAAAUUCGAUUUUUACACUCAUUUGGUAAGGGUAAUUUGAAUUGUGUAGUGAAACAUUAUUUACUGUUGGAUCGACCUCAAAUAAUGUUAUUUUUAAUGUCGUCUGUAGAGUGGCUAGGCAGCAUGCAACUUUGACAUGCAUUGGCCAAACAGCGGCUGAGGGGCGAAUGCGAUCUAAUGCCGACGUUUCGGUGACAUCUUGCCAAAGUGCAAAUGGCUCGCCAUACUACAUCGGCGCGAUGUAUCAAGUAUACAUCGGGCCGACGUCUGCGAGAUGUAUGUGUGCUGUCUGGGGAUGAUAUUCCGCUGAAAUUUGUGCGGCGUGCAUGUGAAUAUAUUUCACGUGCUUUGCGAUUGUAUAUUCUACUUUGUGCAUGAUUUCUCUAUUGUAUUACCAAUUGAUAAAUAGUAUACCUUCACUACUUUGAUAUGCAUCAGUAGGGAUUAAGAAGUGAGUAUAAGCAAUGCCCACUUAAAAUAAGUGGGUAUAAGGCUUAUACCUGCGUAUACCCUCCACUACACCACUGGCACUUUGUAUUUUACAAGAAGUGCACUCUCCUACAUGAGUGCGCUGGUAUUACCGUUGCUGUCCUUUCAGAAUCACGAACCUGUCACAUAAUGAAGGUCUAUAGGUUCGCCACUGCGCAAACAUGUCUAUAAUAGAUAUAAAGGCUGUUAAGAUAUUCAUGUUUCAAGAAAGGAGUGUAUAUAUUUAGCCUGGCGAAGCGGUUUUAUGCGCUGACUGAAUAGAAGCUGAUAAUUAUGAGAUUUGUACUCUGCUGGUCUCAGAAGAAAUUACAAGUCCUCACUGUCCGAGACCGAGUCAAGACAGAGUACAAAUGUAUCCAAGACCGAGACACUCAAUAUGUGGACUCAAGACAGGACUCGAGACCGAGACAGCUGUGACGUACUACAACACUGACACAUGCACUUCACAGAGACUUAAUAAUUAAUGCAACAUACAGUUUAUGGUACAAAGCUUCCAGCAAAUGCUUUGGAUGCAUUUCGAUACAGCACAUGUAUUCAUGAUACGCUACAACAAAUUGCCAGCAAAGCAACAAAUCUAAGACACUUGAGUGAAAAAGUGUUGAGCUAUUAUGACAAGCUGCUGAAAGUGCUGGCAUGUGGUCAAUCUCCACUAGCCGGGACUCCAAACAAGCCUUGGCUCAUUAGAACAGGAUAAUAGAUUUGUAUAGGAGACAUGGAAUCUCCUUUCCACUGUAUCUCUUUACGCCCACGAGGAGAAGCCAACACUCCACUAAUCAGAAUAGCAGUCUGAGCUGUAGGCUCUACAUCAGAUGUGUGGAAAUGCCUCUCCUCAUUACUUCUGCAUCCCUGUAGUUUCUCUGGUAUUCUGUAGUAUGGCAUCUUGGCCAUUAUGUGAAUGGAAAUCAAGUCUAAGCAUGGAGGGAAAUGACAAGCAGGCAUGAGUCAGAGCAACUCAGAAACUCUAACAGACAGUAAGUAGCACAUGUUUAAAACAGGACACAGCAAGACUAGGCGACUGGCCAUUGUAUCAGUAGUUCAAUUAUUUUUGGCUAAGGUAGAGACAACAUCAGGUAUAUGAGACAGGUGUGUAAAGAUUUAUGUUGGAGAUAAUGGGAUCCGAGAAGAAGCGUAAUGUAUAUCUCACAUGUAAGCCCUGCUAAGCAAUGUAACAUCCACAAGACCAGAUUCUGGUCACGAAAAAAAGGCGAUAACCCAAUUUUUACAGCCCAAAAGGCUGUGGAUAGACUUCUGAAGUUAUUUUGUGUAGUCUUGCUGCAGUCAAGCAUCCUUACUGCUGGCUUGGGGUGUUAGGGCAGAAUAAAACAUUGUCAUGCUUUGCUUCUGUUUGAUCGUGCGUUGUGUUUUGUGGCCUCAUUUUGUGGUCAUGUUUCAGUUGAGAUUUUUGAAGUCCUGUUUCAUGUAGGCGUGUUCUCUUCUUUUGGACUGUGUUCCAUUUACACGUUUUCCCACAGCACGUGUCCUUAGCCUCAGCUCACCUAGGACAACUCCAGGCGGAGCAGGAAGAGCUAGUUUAGUGUCUGCUGGUCUCAGUGGCUGCUCUCUCAACUGCCUGAGGAAGACCAACGGUGUGAUGUGGAAACCAUCUGCGACACGUUUCUCCUCUCCUCAGAGUCCACAUAUUGGGAGAUGAUGUGGCCUUGCUUGUGAUUAAACUGCCGUAGCAUGGAACAUUUUCACUGUCUUCCUUCCCUGAAAAUUGCUAGCUACGUAAACCAUCAUGUUUUCAUGGACUAAAUCAAUCACAGUUUUGUACUUUGUGUUUUUAUCCUUUGAGCUCAGGUGUUGGAUGAGUGAACAUACCUUGCCAUGCAUCAAAUGAUAUCUCCUUAACUGUCUUUUUGAACAAAACACUUUCAUCUACUCUUUGUCUCAGCUACUUCUUUAACCUCCGUAUCUGAAUGGUUUUUGGCCAUUUCCACAUGUUGAUCCACCCUGGGUAGCUGUAUAGAUUCUUUGGUUGGAACAAAGCUGUGGAAAUACAAUACACUAGACUGGGUAGAGCCAUUGAUCUGCUCACUGCUCUGAAAAUUGCAGUUUACUCCCCUCAAUAUUGAAUCCCUGUGGUGCUUCCUUCUCUAACAUAUAGAUGCUUGGUCUUUUCCAGAUAUCCACAGUCACAGCCCCCCUCAAUGAUCAUCACCAUCAGCCCAAUAUGGAGCUACACAGCUUCAACAACCUCUGA